GAUUGGCAAUAGUAGAAGCAAAGCAAACCCACUUUCAAUUAACAACAGUUAAAAGAGUCUGGAACCGGACGCAGCCAAAGAGGCCGGACCUUCGAUUUCGCACUUAUCCAGGAUAAAAAUACCGCAGCAAUAUGAUGAAUGCAACAUGACUAUGCUGAGAAAUGAUGUGUGAGUGAGUCUUAUGCAUCUGGGUAUCGUCAAAUCAAAAGCACCAAUCUUUGGAACCUAGAUUGAGCCUCUAGAAUCCUAAGGUCUGUACAGAGUUUGGGAAUCCCAUUUUGACAAAAAUGAAGCUGUACACAAUUGAAACAUAAAAGAAGAGACUUGAUGGCCAAAAGACACCUGUGGUUUUUGACAAGAUUUAUGUUGGUGCCAAUUGUCUUGUAAGUACUGAGACCGGGGUUUUGUUUGCUGCAUAACUAGAAGAUAGUAAACACUCGGAAAGGUAAUUUUUUUUUUUUUUUUUUUCCUGUUUCCAAAACCUCAAUGUCUCUCAGAAAACCCCCACUCCCUCGUCUUCUCCUCAACAAUGUCUCUUGCAUGAGAAAUGCCCAACAAAUUCUGAGACAUGUAAACGUCUCCAUUCAUGAUGGUGGAGCACUGGUGCUAACCGGCACCAACGGGUCAGGAAAGUCUACUUUCCUCCGCAUGUUAGCUGGGUUUUCUCGACCAUCUGCUGGCGAGAUCCUGUGGAACGGUCAUGACAUUACACAAUCAGGAGUGUUCCACCAGUACAAGCUUCAGCUCAACUGGCUCUCCCUGAAAGAUGCUGUCAAAGACAAGUUCACAGUCCUCGACAAUGUUCAGUGGUUCGAAGUUCUUGAAGGGAAGCAGGGGAAUUCAUUGCCUGCUUUGCAGCUGAUGGGGCUCGGGCGUUUGGCAAAGGACAAGGCAAGAUUGUUGUCAAUGGGCCAGCGGAAAAGGCUGCAGCUUGCAAGGUUGCUGGCAAUUGAUCGGCCAAUUUGGUUGCUCGAUGAACCUUCAGUUGCAUUAGAUGAUGAAGGGGUGAAGUUACUUGAGUACAUCAUUGCCGAUCAUAGAAAGAAGGGCGGGAUUGUGAUUGUGGCAACACAUCUGCCUAUUAAGAUUGAAGAUGCCAUGUAUCUGAGGCUGCCACCAAGGUUUCCGAGAAGGAUGACAUUGGUAGAUAUGCUUGAUCGAACAGACUUCUAAUAUUAUCCUUAUUUUAUGUUCAUUUAUCACACUCAUUUGUUUCUCAUAAAACCCAGAGAAUACACCCUGCCAUUGCAGAUGAACAAAAAUCAUCUUUGGUUCUUUUUCUUCUUCUUCAACCUUUUUACUUGUAUCUCUGCAAAUCUUGAGCUCGGGAAACUGUGUUAUGGGACCGGUUAAGCAUUGAGUUG